UCUCUCACCUCUCUUCCUCUUCAUUCUGAUUCACACACACCGACUGUCUUGAACUCUGCAGCAGAACCAACUGGAAAGUUUCCAAGCCUCUACACACUUUCUCCUUCACAUCUGCAGUCCAUGUCUCUCUGACAUCUAUCAUCUCACACUUGGGACUCAAGCAUCAUAUAUCCUACAAAUACACACACACACACACAUGAAUAGUGGUGUGCAUUUGGAUGUCUGUUAAUCUGUCUGAUUUUCCAAGGUAAAUGUAUAAACCUUGUGUGUGUGUGUGUGAUGAAUAAAAUACCUGUGGUCAAAGUAGAAUAUGACCAAAUAUAAUCAAAGUUAAAAAGACUAAAUCAUUACCAAAGUUAAAACCCCAAGAGUACAACAAGAACCAAGAAUGGAAUCAAGGAAGAAGACAAGAAUAUCACCAAAGCUGAUGGCCAAGUUCCCCGUUCGAGUCGUGUGUUGGUUUUGUAGUGAGAAAUCCACCGUCCCCUUUGGUAAUUGUAAUUGCUGGGAUUGCCCCCACUGUGAACAGUACAAUGGAUUUAAAAAGGAUGGAGAUUACAAUAAACCAAUUCCAGCUCAAUGGUCUUCCGAACUCAACUUCCCAAUUUCCUGUUCCAAAGAGAAAAUGGUUCCUUUAUCCAACGGUCUCUGUUCUGCCUGCAAUGAAAGACAACUUCUCAAAGUUCAACAGUUGGCUGUCUUCAAGCCAUUUGUUGAGGCCAACUACAAUAAAGAGGUGAACGACUACAAGGAACAUCUGGAGAAAAUCUACAAUCUCUGCUACAAGUGUAAACUCUAUGUGCAACAGGAACUGGAAAAACUCGAUAUGUUUUUGAAGAUGAAAUACCCCCAGACUCUCAGCGGCAGUGCUUUGUCCCCUGCCUCUUCUGUCUCUACAGUCUCUACUUCUACCUUAUCUCAGUCAUCCAAGUUGUCGUGUGUUCAAGCCCAGCUGCCGUCCCUCCUACAAAUGUUCAGUUUUGUCUCUGCUAUCAUCCUCCUUAUUGCAUACAUCUUCCAAAUCUCUUUGAACUUCUUCACAACAAUGAUGUUGCCCAUUUGGUCGGUUCAUCUGUGUCAGCUGCUCAGCAGAAACGUUUGUUCCAUUGCUAUUUCUGGUCUCUUCUUCUGCCUGGCAUCAAAGUUUUUAUUUCUCGGACGAGUCAGGCUGUAUGCUGGUGACGUGGUCGAUGCCCUCUUUUGGCUCCUGCUCAACGUGGUGGGCUUGAUGUUCCUCCACGACAGACCUGCCUCCCCUCUUGCUCUCGGCCUGCACUGUCUCUGUCAUACUGUCAACACCGUUUCUACCUGUCUUUGUCUGGUUUGGACCAGAGUGAAUUACCAAAGCCGAGAAGAAUUAGAUUAUUCUGACAGUUUUGCAUCACAGACAUCACUCGAUGAUUCUUCAUGCAGUUCCCCAAAACCAGGGUCCACAAAGAGCUACCAUACAACCAACUCAUCUGCCAGUUCCUAUAAAUCCUUUUCCACAUCACCAUUGCUCCGUUGCAAACCCCUCUCCUCAUCAACACAUCCUCUACACAGGAGUAAGAGCUCAGCUUCUCUAAUCAAUUUCCCCGUCAGGAAGUCAUCAUGGAGUCCACUUUCUGUUCAGACAAACUUUCCAUCAUUUUCUUCUGGAAGUCAGACAGACAUUCCCAGUUUUGGCUCCCUUAGCAAAGCAUCUGAUGGUGCUGGGUUUAACAGAUGUCUGAGUCCUUCGCCUAACUUAUUCUCCUCAUAUUCUUCCCCCAUCAAAAGAUGUUUUUCUUCCAACGGAUCACUGAAUCAGUUCAAUUCUUCCAACCUCUCUUCUCCUUCUCCAUUGUCCCAUUAUCAGUCACUUUCAGAUGACCAACACAACAGUAUAUCAGAUAAAAUCCUUGGUCUGAAGAUGGACAGCAUUAACCUUGGACGAUCCUUUAAUACCUCUAAAUCUAGUAUGGGUUCAUUCAACAGGUGGCCUCGCAGUCCUUCAUCUGUUUUGUCACGAGGGGACAUUGCCCCUGCCAGGUUACUCUAUGAUAGGAAGAACGUCUCACCAUCUGGUACGUAUCUUGACAAGAACAGCUUAUCGUCGUCUAAGUUCUCGUCUUCCAACCAGUUCAACGAUACAGCUUCUGUGUUCUCGGAUUCUUUCUCAAUUAAACCUUCGGAUUCUAAAAGCUGUCAUGAGUUUGGUUCUGAUGACCAAUUUGAGAAAUCUGACAGACAAAAUGAUUUUCAAAGUUCAAUGAAGAAAUCAAACACAGAUUCUUGUUUAGUAGACAGUACCACAGAUAAUACCACACGUAGUACAGCUCCCAAAACAAGUAAAGCCAUGUUCCUGGCCUUCAGCAUCGCUGUUAAUGUUGUCCUCAUCCUCAUAGUCUUACUCAGAGACUUCCCGCUCUCCCUAUAUUUCUCACGUGCUGCCACUCAAGCGUCAUACUACACCAAACACGUCACGCAUCAGUUGGUUCAGUUCUUUACAGACCACACUUAGCUGCAAUUAUGAUGGCUCUGAACCGCAUCAGUUUUUUUUUGCCAUAAACUCUUUUCUUUUUUUUUUUGCCCAUCACUUUAUCACACAAAAUAAAUCUCUACUGUCAGUUAAGAAAAAGGAAGUUUCUUGACUGGAAACAACCAGAAUGUUGUGAGAUUCUGACUUGGCACUAAUUGUGAAGAUUUCUUCAUCAUCGGUUCUUCACAGUUUUCAGACUUUGGUUACAAUCUGCAGCAGAAAUUUUCUCUUUGGGCUUCAGAGAAUGAAAAAUGAAACAGAAAGAAGAAAAA